AUGGCCUCGUCGUCUUCCAACGUUGUCGGUGUGCACUAUCGUGUAGGAAAGAAGAUUGGAGAGGGUUCUUUUGGUGUCAUCUUUGAGGGAACCAACCUGUUGAACAACCAACAGGUGGCCAUCAAAUUCGAACCUCGCAAGAGUGACGCUCCUCAACUCCGAGAUGAGUACCGCACAUACAAAAUCCUCGUCGGAUGCCCCGGCAUCCCCAAUGUCUACUACUUCGGACAAGAGGGCCUUCACAACAUUCUGGUGAUUGACUUACUAGGGCCGUCUCUCGAAGAUCUCUUUGACCACUGCGGACGCCGUUUCACCAUCAAGACUGUUGUCAUGGUUGCCAAGCAGAUGCUGUCUCGAGUCCAGACAAUCCACGAGAAGAACCUGAUUUACCGUGACAUCAAGCCCGACAACUUCUUGAUUGGCCGUCCUGGCACCAAAGCCUCCAAUGUCAUCCACGUCGUCGACUUUGGCAUGGCCAAGCAAUACCGCGAUCCCAAGACCAAGCAGCAUAUUCCUUACAGAGAACGCAAAUCUUUAUCAGGAACCGCUAGAUAUAUGAGCAUUAAUACUCACCUGGGCCGUGAACAGUCCCGACGAGAUGACCUCGAGGCUCUUGGCCACGUCUUCAUGUAUUUCCUGCGGGGCGGUCUGCCUUGGCAGGGUCUCAAGGCUGCUACCAACAAGCAAAAGUAUGAGAAGAUUGGCGAGAAGAAGCAGACCACCGCAAUCAAAGACCUUUGCGAGGGCUUCCCCGAAGAAUUCUCUAAAUACCUGACAUAUGUCCGAAAUCUCGGAUUCGAAGAUACCCCCGACUACGAUUACCUCCGCGAGCUCUUUUCUCAAGCGCUAAAGAACACUGGUGAGGUCGAAGAUGGAGAGUACGACUGGAUGAAGAUUACCAAGGAUUCGGGAAAGGGAUGGGACAUGAAGAGCCAUGGAGCUGGCUACCUCCACAACCCAAACGUUCGUCCCGGCCCUUCUCAAAUGGAACUGCACAGUGGCCAUCGUCCUGGGAAUACCAACUCUCACCAGCAAGCACAGAAUCUCACUGUCGGCCGUUUAAACGCCGCACAACCCCCCCCUCCGUCACCGAUCAAACCGAUGGGCAACAGGAAAGAUCGGCCAAGCGGCCUCGGCGCCACGGCGCAGAGGGCCAGCGGCGUGGGGGGUCUCCGAGGCGAUUUGGGUACACCGGCUGGCUCGACUCAAGCCCAGUUCCAGAACAGCACCCAGAACCUGCCUCAGAGAGGGCAGCAACAGAGCCCCAUGGUGGCAGCAGGCCAACCCAACCCUCGACCCGUUGAGCCUCAGCCUAGCGGCUUCCAGAAGUUCAUGAAGACUAUCUGCUGUGGUUAG